UUGACACAAGCGUCGUGCCGUUGGCAGGUCCCACCACCACCACCACCACCACCAUCAUCAUCAUCAUCAUCACGAUGACAGAAAUGGGCUCGGCGGUGCGGUUUUCGUUGCUCGGCCUCCUCCUGUGGCUCCAGCUCGGCAGGGCUCCAGCCCGCAUCACCCGCACGGCGGACCAGGUGUCCGAGGCCGACAUCCAGCGCCUCCUGCACGGCGUCAUGGAGCAGCUGGGCAUCGCUCGGCCCAGGGUGGAGUAUCCCGCACACCAGGCCACCAACAUCGUCGGGCCUCAGAGCAUACAGGGUGGUGCUCAUGAGGGGCUGCAGCACCUCGGCCCUUAUGGAAACAUCCCAAACAUUGUGGCUGAGUUGACGGGAGACAAUGUUCCCAAAGACUUCAGUGAUGACCACGGAUACCCAGACCCUCCAAACCCCUGUCCCCUGGGAAAGACAGCAGCAGACGGGUGUUUGGAAAACGCUCCGGACACAGCCGAGUUCAGCAGAGAGUUUCAGAAACACCAGCACCUAUUUGACCCAGAGCACGACUACCCAGCUCUGGCAAAGUGGAACAAGGAACUUUUGUACCAGAAACUGAAGGGAGGACCGAAGAGAAGAAAAAGGAGUGUCAACCCAUAUUUAAUGGGCCAGAGGCUCAACAAUGUGGUCGCCAAGAAAUCUGUUCCUCACUUUGCUGAGGAAGAGGAGGAGGAGGAAGCGCCAUCCGUCUCUGCUACCACCAAAUCCUUAACCUAAAGUCCUGCACCUGCAACUCUCACUGUAAUAUUAAAGAUAAGUUUUUAACACUACAUAUUUAAGCAUUUUGGUCAACACACAGUGACUACUGGGAAACACAUUAGCCCAGAUCUUGUUAUAUCGGUCUUUAUUUACAGAGAAAUGUGUACCACUCAAAUACAGUAUCAACAGUCACUGAUCCUCCAUUUUCUGGGUUUGGUCUUAAGGAGGGACUCGAUCGUACGCAUCUGUUUUAAAGUUGUGAUAUUAUUCUACAAUAGGAACACUGUAUGGUUGUAACCAACAAUUACUUUCACUAUCAGUGACUAACAAUUAACUUGUUCAGUCUAUAAAAUGACAAGAAAUUAUGUAAAAAACCCAGUAAAUGCUUUGUUUUAUGACCAUAACCCCUAAAAUGUUGAGUUUAUGAUCAUAGAAAACUGGGAAUAGCAGGAAAUAUUCAUAUUUGAGAAGCUGGUAUGAAUGAAUUUUUGCUGAAAAAUGACUUAAAUGAUAAAUCAAUUAUCAAAAUUGUCAAUUCAGUAUCUCUCAAAAAAUCUCAACACAAAAUCCAACUUACUUGCUGUUUCUGAAAAUCAAAACUUUUAAAGAUUGAGAAUGAAUGAUCGUCUUUGAGCGAAAAUACAUCCCCUCCAACUCAAGAUAUCUUUGAGCACAAACUGCUAUACAGAAACUAUAAACUGUCAGACCAACUACACAGCACAGUAUUAACUUCAGGAGGAAGCUGAAUAUCAUGAUUGAUGUCAUUUAUAAAAGAAAAGUGACUCUCUGGUUCACUUUUACACCAACUCUUUACUUUUUCUAGUAUUGAGGAGCAUAUAAGUCACAUCAUACUCCAUAAAACUCAGAAUACUAGAAUAUAUGGUGUUAAAUACUUACCUGACAGUACACUAUAUCUACAACUGCAUUAUAAUAAGUUGUAUAAAGAUGAGGGGGAAUGUUUAAUAAGAAAAUUAUUAUUUAUGACUAUAAAGGGAUCAGUUUAGUGUUUAAUUUUUGUACAUCUUGAUAUGAGCAGUUAAUCACCUCUGUGUUGUGAAGCCAAGAUUCACUGCUGAUCAUUUUCUUAAGAAGUUAAUUAGAAAUUGUAGCUUUGCUUUAUCAUGUAAGGGAUGAUUGCGAACCACUUCACUGUAGCAUGGGCAAAUAUUUUAGAGGUUAUUCUGACUGGUGUCUGUUCACUUCACUGUAUUGCCGUAAAUGUGAGUCUCCACAGGAGCAGGAAUCUCUCUCGGGUCACUUCAUCUUACCAGAUACAGUAUGUUUAUGUUCUGUUUUUGUUCUGUAAAGUCAAAUAAACGAUUUAUCUGCAUCAACAAAA